AUGGUUGCCUCUACUGGAAGGAAGAGGAAACAUGUUUCUGAAACUGACUCUGAACCAGAAGUCGAACCAGAUGUCCCUGACAUCUCCACCACUACCAAGAAAAGGAUCAAGGGGAAGAGAAUUCCCUUGAAUGUUCCAGAUGCACCCAUUGACAAUGUGUCAUUCCACUUUGCGAGUUCUACACAAAGUUGGAAGUUUGUUGUUCAGAGAAGGUUAGCCAAAGAGAAAGAACUUCAUGAAGAUGCCUUGGGACUCAAGGAGAUCAUGGAUCUAUUGGUGGAUGCUAGUUUGAUGAAGACUGUCAAGGAUAUUGGCAGGUGCUUUACUCAAUUGGUUAGGGAGUUCAUUGUGAACAUCCCUACUGACUGUGAUGAUGAGAGCAGCUAUGAGUAUAGGAAGGUCUAUGUAAGAGGAAAGUGUGUCAAUUUUUCUCCUGAAGUUGUUAAUGAGUUUUUGGGCAGAAGCCCUGCUGCUGUGACUGAUGAAGAGCUUGAUUUGAAUAAGGUUGCUAAGACCCUAACUGGCAAGAUGGUCAAGAAGUGGCCAAAGAAAGGAUUACUUCCAUCUGGGAAGUUAACUACCAAGUAUGUUGUGCUUUUCAAGAUUGAAUGUGCAAAUUGGAUGGCUACGAAUCACCUGUCUGGUGUAACUGCUCCCCUUUCCAAGAUGCUCUAUCUGAUUGGAACUGGUGGUGAGUUUGAUUUUGGUCAACUUGUGUUUGAACAGACUCUGAAGCAUGCAGGUUCUUAUGCAGUGAGGCUGCCAAGUCUUUUUCCCUGCCUCUUGUCUGAGAUAAUAGUACAACAACAUCCUCACAACCCUCAUGUUGUGAGGGCUAAUGAACCUCAAGGUAAGAAACCUAUGCCUCUCAAGUUUGCUUAUCGCUUGUUUUCUGGGACACAUGUUCCCGACAUUGGGCUGUCUGCAGCAAAGGGUUCUGCCAGUGCCAGUGGCACUUAG